CCGAGCGGCGCGAGUGCAUGGGGGCCUUGUGUGAGGAGGUGGGGCAGGACCUCUGGGACCACCCCGUGCAGACGCUGGCUGUCCUAGCCGACAUCCUCGAGGCCACACGAGAGGCCCAGUACCAGCCCUCACGAUACCUGCAGCAGCAGCAGCAGCAGCAGCAGCCGGAGUACCGUCAUGAGUUUGACUUCAGCGAGCAGCUCAUGUACCUCCUCUUCACCAGCGCACAACAAGGCGGAUUAUCCACUGAUAAUGACGGACCCCGGACGUCAUCAGGGGACUCACAACGUGACGACGUUCCCCGCGACGCUGUUCGCUUCGACCGAGGCGACGGGCAGCACCCCUCUCCGUCUCGUCUGCAGAAGGUUGCUGCAGCGCGUCUCGAGGGUUUGAGGCAGCAGGGCGCCCGGCUGCUGUCGACACUGCAGCAGCAUCAGAGGCAGCUGCUGGGGCGGGUCCAGGCGCACCGUACUGGCGUCAGCACCGAAACAUCCAGCGCUCUCGGCAUCCACCCGCAGCCCUUCGCACAGGUUCUGGCCGCUCAUGGCUGGGUCCCCUCACACGUCACCUUCAAGAGGGGGCCGGCCGAGCUGCAGCUGCUGCCCGGAAGAGCCGCACGGAUGCAGCAGCCCCGGGAGGGACAUCAGCUUAACUAACUAAUCGUUCGUCGGGAGGGACAUCAGCUUAACUAACUAAUCGUUCGUCG